AUGUGCUUACCAUUUCAAUUUAAUAGAACCAUUCGUUCAUCAAGAAAGGUAAAGAAAAACAUGAACACAAACGAUCAUGGCCUUACCCUCUUGAGAUUAGUCUUCAUAUUUUCUCUUCUUUACUUCCCUUACUUAGCCAUAUCUGAAACGCCGUGCCCGUAUCCGUGUUAUCCGCCGCCCAUGGGCGGUGGCUCCUCCACGACUCAACCACCACCAUAUCCUCCUCCAGCCUUUAACUAUCCUUAUCCAGCUGGAAAUUUACCAAAUUACCCUUCGCCACCAUACAUCGGGGGAGGCGGUAGUGGCAGCUUCUAUGGUCCUCCACCGCCGGAUGCUAUCUUGCCUUACUUCCCCUACUACUUUAGAAAACCUCCUCACCAGACGGAUCAAACAUCCUCGUCUCCACUUGUGGCUGUUUCAGGAAAAUUGACGGUGGGGAUCAUAGCCAUGGGAAAUCUUGUGGUAGUUGGAGUUCUCUGUAAUAUUUGGUAAUCAAGUUAAUUACUAAGUAACUAUUGCUAAAACCUUAUAUGUGUAUGAAAAUAUAUUAUAAUAUAUACUUCAGAGGUCUAAAGCAGAAAAAGAAGUUGGCUUAA